AUGGACGCGGAGAGCGGCGUCUCACAGCGGAAGGCGACGAAGGAGAUAGCGACCAUGCGGGAGAACAUUAGUAGUGAUGACGAAGUCCGUCAAAUAGCAGGCCUGAACGAGCUUUGUAAUAUGCUCAGCAUGGGGAAUUCAAUGACAAUCGGUUUUAUACGACCGAAUGUACUUGUUCCAUCUAUGUUGAACUGCCUCAGGAAAGAGGACAAUAUUGAUCUGAUGAUACUAGCUGCACGUGCGCUGACAUAUCUGGUAGAUGCAAUUAGCUCAACUGUGUACGUGCUGGGAUCGGAGGGUGGCGUGGAGGCUAUUCUUCUUCAUCUGCAAGAAGUUAAGGAUAUUGAGCUGUCGGAGCAGUGUUUAACUUGUGUGGAGAAGAUCACUCAAAAUACAAAUGGGGCUGUGAUGGUGCUCCAGAAGGGCGGUGCCAAGGCGCUUUUGAUAUAUGUUGAUUUUUUUAGCUCCUCUUCGCAGCGCAAGGCGUGGACCAGUGUGGCGGCGAUGUGCCGUCGUGUGGACGUGUUGUCGUUUCAUCAUGUGAGUGACUCCUUAGGUGAGAUUCGGGCACGCGUCAACCACACGGACGGGAAGAUCGCAGAGAAGGUCAUUACUUGUCUUUACCGUAUUAUCCUGGGUGUUCGCACCGAUCAAAAACUCGUCGCCAGCGCCUUUGGUGAUGUCUGCAUGCCGCUGCUGGAGCUUCUCACGCGGGGCGAUAUUCCGGAGAGUACUUUCUCCAUUGCGCUCUCGCUCAUUGGUGUGGGUAUCUCGCACAGCACAGAGGUCACCCGCCGCAUCAUUGAGAGUGGCCUCGUAGAGUGUCUACUCGCCCUUACCACAAGCGCCUCGGAGCAGCUGCGCUCACCUUCGAUGAGCCCAACGCUUCUCCCUGCCAAGGCACCGGCUGCAUCCUUCACAAGCAGCCCACUGGUGCGGCCGCCGCCAGCAUUAACGUCAGCAGCAACAGGAGUGGUGCGCGAGCGACGGCUCACGAUGGAGCAGACUAAGAACAUUUGUGUCGCGCUCGCAGGGCUACUGCCGAAGGUCACCGAAAGUAAUCUUCCUCCUGGUCACGUCCUCACCGAGUUGGUUGAGGAGCGGACGCGAGGGACGCAAUUGCAGGGUGGACUGUUUUUCAAUGAUGCUAAUUACGACGAAGAGGAUAACGAUGAGGAGGAGGUAGAAGAGACCCUCAACCACGAGGAGAUGCGUAUGCGCAUUACUGAGGAAGGUAUUGCGCUCGAGAAGAAUACACAAUAUUCAAAAUGUGUCAUAGCACAUGUAUGCGACAGUUGUGGCAAGUCGUGCAGGCCUGGGGAUUGGUUCCGCUGCAACAAAUGUUCUGACUUCGACUACUGUGGGCAGUGCUUGUUGAUGAAUUGGAAGGAGCACAGUGGAAACUCGUUACAGCACAGUUUCUGUGAUAUGGGUGAAGUAAUUCAAGGUGUGAGAACACCACCGGGAGCUCAAAGGGUGAAGGAGGGUGACGCCAUUGACGUCGUCAACGCUGAGCGUGAGAAUCUGUAUAGGAAUUACCCGCAUCUACUUGUCAUUAUCCUCAGAGGACUGCCCAAGAUGGUUGCACUUUUCAACGAAUCAGAGACACAUGUUGUGCGCCACCACAGUUUGGCAUUCAUUGACCGGGCUGUCUACAUGGCUUCAGCGGAGAAGCUGCUGAAGAGUGGACUUGCGGAGGCUGCUGUGUGCGAGAUGAUUGUGGCGGCAUUAACAGACACCAGUAUUGUAUUGAAUGCACAAGUGAUGCCGCUUUGCCGCAAGUUGCUGGAUAAGUUGCCUUCGGUUUACAUAUCAGCAUUUAUGCGUGAGGGUGUCACAAAUACGUUGGCAAAGAUUCAAAAGUCGAAUCAGCCGGCCGUAAGAGGCGGUAAUGGCAAGGCUGAAGAGACGAAUUCAUCGAGCGAGCGGCUCCAUACCACAUCUGAGUGGCGUGAGUUUGUUGCAUCGGAGGCGGGUAGCCUGCUGAGCAUGUUCCCCGCUCUCAGCGACGAUACACGGAGCGAGCGGCUCACUACAGUUAUGCGAUUGUUACAGGACGGCUCCCUCCAGGAGGCCUUUGAUACCCUUCGGCUGGCACUUCUUGAAGAGACUACCUCUUUUGAACUUUCAUCCAGCAACAUGUUACAUGAACUUCGUGAUAUAUUGACGCGUGCUAACGACGUCAAUGUCGUGAUUGAUCUCGUGAGAACUUUGGCAAAAGAGGUAGGGAAUGGUCCUUGUGCCCUGACGCGGUUUGUGCGUCACCUGCAAACUGUUCUGUCGCAGUUGGAUCAGUUUCAUGCUCCCAGCUUUGGUAGUGUGAACAGCAUUCAUAUGCAAAUCCCAGUGCGCCUCGUUCCGCACUCGAGUGACGCACCAACGCAGAGGACCGUCGUUGCGUCCAAAGGUGCUGCGAUGAGGGGGCCGCCUGCAACAGCUGCCUCAAAAGAGGCUUCAUCGAGGCGCCCUGCCCGUGCACCGUCAGCACGAACAGGCACUACAACUACACUAACAUCAUCACUUGUGCAACCUUCCUCGUCGGGGCAUGCCACUGUUCCGUCAUCCACAUCGAGGAGCUCCCAAGAGGGACGCGAAGCUACUGUGAGCGUUGAGCCACUGACGGACAUAGAGGCACUCAUGUCAUUUGUUGGGUCAAAUGUGCUCCCUGGAGGCAACAUGGGCCGUCGUCGUAUGGAGGAUGAAGAACAAAUAGAGGAUGUGCUUCCAGAAUUGGGCAACCAUGACAAGACUGAGAAACGCGUGCAGGCGAAAAAGGGGGCGCAGGAAAGGCCAGUGCCACGUGUAUAUCUCCGUCAUGGCUCCCACGUAUUGCCACCGUCAAUGACCAUAUUGCAGGUACUUCAGCAGUUCCACGCCCCAUCUUGUUCGUCGAGAGCAGGAAGGAGGACCGGCCGUGGUGACGGAACACCAUCUUAUAAUCUUCUUGCCAUGCUGGAAGAAGCACCGUAUAACAUGGAAAAUAUGGUUACACUCCACUACAGCACAGCGCCGUUUGGCACUGAGUACACCAUGGAAUCACCAGUAUUCACCGUCCCGUGUGGAACACCGGCAGACACUCUCGUUGUAAAGUUGCCAUCGGAAGACAUCCGUCCACCGGCGAUUUUGGACGUGAUGCGUGCAUUACACCAGAAGUUUCCGUUUAGCAGCCGCUUCCUCACCAUCGCGCAGAAGGAUGUGCUGACUCUUCUAGGCAUCAUUUAUGAGGCGCUGCAAAACUGGUCAGAGCUCCUGAGGUACCGCAUGGGAUCCUCUUCAGAGAGCACUUUAAGUGCAGAUGUAUGGUCGCCGUCAACCGCGCUUGGUGAAUUCAUUCAUCAAAAGCUGAACAACAAGGCCAUGCGGCACUGCUCCAACCUCCUCCUCGCGGGUCAACAUCUCUCUACUUGGGCCGUCAACCUAGCGCUUGACUGUAACUUCUUGUUCACUUCGACCACACGGAAAUUUCUAUUUGAGGUGAGCUUCUGUGGCACACUCCGCUCCCUUGUGCAGAUGCAGGAGAACAUGGAAAAGUACGGGGUGCGGGAUUCUCUCAAUAUGGAUCAUCAGUUCUUGCGAACGUAUCGUUUGCACCGCGCGAAGAAGCGUGUAUGGCGAGAUAAAGCCUUGACGUGUGCUAUGCAGAUAUUUGGGGGUGGGCGUACCAGUGGGUCUGUGGUGCUGGAGUUUGAGUACUACAACGAAAAUGGGAGUGGAAGUGGCCCAACAAUGGAGUUCUAUUCACUUGUCUCGGAUGAGCUGCGUGAGAUAAACCUUGGCCUUUGGCGCCGGACGGACGAGACGCCAGAUGAAAAAUAUUUCAGGCCCCACAACGGUGUGUACCCGCUUCCAUUGCCGCCCGACUCGCGCGAGAUCGCGCGAGUCGAGCCGUACUUUCGCCUGCUAGGCCGCUUCCUGGCGCGGGCGCUGUUAGACAGGCGUAUUCUCACCAUUUCGCUUUCGCCAGUGCUGCUGAAGAUGCUUAGAGGUGAUGAGUGCGGGGUGUAUGAUUUGGUUGACAUCAGCGAGUCACUUGGCGCGUCGAUUGUGGCGCUCGCCACUGCGGCCCGCAGUGGUGCCGCGUUGGUUCAGCUGUCGGGCUCUGCAGCGCCCUGUGCGGUGGAGGAUUUGUUGCUCGACUACACACUGCCUGGAGAUGGCCUCAUUGAGCUGAAGAAGGGCGGCGCAAACAUACCAGUGACCUCGAAGAAUCUUCUUGAUUACUGUGAUGCUGUCACAUCAUUUAUGCUUCGUGCUGGCGUGGAGCACGCCUUAAAGGCUCUUCGUAGCGGCUUUCACGACUAUAUCCCACUCUACGCGCUGCGGAUGCUUACCGUGGCAGAGCUACACGAAGCUAUCCACGGCCAUGCAGGACUUGUUACUGUUGAGGAGCUGGAGGCGAACUGCCACGCAGACCAUGGUUACACCAUGACGUGCUGCCAUGUACGGCAGUUGUUUGAAAUCAUCGCCUCCUUUGACGAGGAGGAGCAACGCCGCUUUUUCCUCUUCCUCACGGGCUCCUCGCACCUGCCAGUAGGGGGCCUCGCAAAUAUGCAGCCCAAGUUUACGAUUGUGCGCAAGACCUCUUCUGAUUGUAAGGUUCGGGAACAGGAUCAGCUUCCCUCCGCCAUGACGUGCCAGAACUAUUUGAAGCUGCCGGCAUACGAAAACAAGGAGCAGAUGGAACAGAAGCUACGUCAGGCAAUCGAUGAGGGAUGUGGUGCCUUUCUGCUAACGUAA